AUGCAGACCGGAGAGGCUAUGAGCCCGCAGGACUCCAAGGCAGCAGGGGCCGAGGCCACGGAGGAGCAGAAGGCCCAGAACCAGAGCCAGAGUCAGGGGUGUCCGGAGCCCACAGCGCCUCCGCUCCCUCCCCCUUCACCGCCACCAGCAGGGCCACCAGAAUACCCCAGACCUAAGCUCAUCUUCCACACCCAGCUGGCUCAUGGGAGUCCCACAGGCCGUAUUCAUGGAUUCACUAAUGUCAAGGAGCUGUAUGCCAAGAUCGCAGAAGUGUUCAACAUCUCCCCCUCAGAGAUCCUGUUCUGCACUCUCAACUCUCAUAAAGUGGACAUGCAGAAACUACUGGGGGGACAGAUUGGACUGGAGGACUUCAUCUUUGCCCAUGUAAGAGGGGAGACCAAAGAGGUGGAAGUGACAAAGACAGAAGAUGCACUGGGUCUCACGAUCACAGACAACGGAGCUGGCUAUGCUUUCAUCAAGAGGAUAAAGGAAGGCAGCACCAUCGACCAGCUGAAGACAGUAUGUGUUGGAGAUCACAUCGAGGCCAUCAAUGACCAGAGCAUUGUAGGGUGUCGGCACUACGAGGUUGCAAAGAUGCUAAAAGAGCAACCGAGAGGCGUACCCUUCACUCUUCGACUUGUGGGACCCAAGAAAGCCUUUGACAUGAUUGGAAUGAGGACUAGAGCGCCAAAGUCUAAUGAGGGCAAGAUGGUGAAUGGGAAGGAAACCCUGCGACUAAGGUCCAAGGGUUCUGCUACAGUUCAGGAAGUGCAGAAUGAAUUUGAAGAACGAGCCACCAAAAAAGUGGAUGACCUGUUGGAGAGCUACAUGGGCAUCAGAGACUUGGAGCUGGCAACCACCAUUGUGGAAGCGGGCAAAGACAAGAAGAACCCCGAUGACUUUGCCGAGGCACUGGAUUCAGUUCUGGGGGAUUUUGCAUUCCCUGAUGUUUUUUUGUUUGAUGUAUGGGGAGCUAUUGGAGAUGUCAAAAAUGGCAGAAUCUAGAUGUUUGUUGUACACAUAUGAGAGAAGAAGAGCUCUGUUCUCUGGUAUAUCAAGCUGCAAAAAGGUAAAACGUAGA